CGCCGGGGUUUCUUGGGCAACUACAGUCAUGGCGGCGACUGCCCCCAGUGCGGGGGCCUCCGCGCCUGAGGCGGCGGGUUCCGCCGAAGCCCCGCUGCAGUACAGCCUUCUCCUGCAAUACCUGGUGGGCGACAAGCGUCAGCCCCGGCUCCUAGAGCCCGGCAGCCUGGGCGGGAUCCCGAGCCCGACCAAGAGUGAGGAACAGAAGAUGAUCGAGAAGGCGAUGGAAAGCUGUGCCUUCAAGGCAGCGCUGGCCUGCGUGGGAGGAUUUGUCUUGGGAGGUGCAUUUGGGGUGUUCACUGCCGGCAUUGAUACCAACGUGGGCUUUGACCCUAAGGAUCCUUACCGUACGCCGACAGCAAAGGAAGUUCUUAAAGACAUGGGACAGAGAGGAAUGUCCUACGCCAAAAAUUUUGCCAUUGUGGGCGCCAUGUUUUCUUGCACUGAGUGUUUGGUAGAAUCUCACCGGGGGAGAUCAGAUGGCAGGAACAGUGUCAUUAGUGGCUGCAUCACUGGGGGAGCCAUUGGUUUCAGAGCUGGCUUAAAGGCCGGGGUCAUUGGGUGUGGAGGUUUUGCUGCUUUCUCUGCUGCCAUUGAUUAUUACCUACGGUGAGAGUUCCUGCCUCCAGGGAAGGACACUGCCAGCCCAGGAUCAGAGCUGCUCUGUGGAGGCCAGUUUUGUCCCACUGCAGGGCCCUUGCUUCAGAGCCCGCAGACCUUUGUUUUCCCUCCUGUUGGUGUCAUGAGGGAGCCACCUGGCUG